AUGCCUUUCAUUGAAAGCAAGACUCCCUUAUUGGGAAGUCUAUCUGUCCUAAUGAUAAAGGCGGUUUUAUGCGUGCCAGAUCUCGCAUUUCCGAUCAAUUCCCAAGUCCCACCCGUGGCACUUGCUUUACUUCCUUACACCUUCGAAUUUUCCGCCACGACUUUUGUAUCAAACAGUCCCCAAAUCUCCUAUACCUUAAGUGGUGGUCCGGAAUGGUUGAAAAUUGACACUGCUAAUCGACGUCUCUCGGGAACACCUCGCUCAAUUGAUGUGGGAGCCACAAGUUUCCAGUUGACGGCAUCAGAUGUGACUGGGGACGCUACCGACAGCGUUACUCUUGUUGUAUCUGAAUCCAAUGAUUUGGCAGUGCAAGAGCCCAUUAAGGAACAUUUGCUUGACCUUGGGUCAUUCUCAGGGCCACAUUCUCUGCUAUUACGUCCUUCGCAGCCGUUUGCAUUUAAAUUUGAUGGGAACCUAUUCAGUGGUACUACCGCCGCCACCAGGUACUACGCGAUAUCCGCCGACAACACCCCAUUGCCUUCAUGGCUGCAGUUCGACGCUGUAGAGCUUCUAUUUUCAGGCGAUACCCCGCCUCUAAUUUCAACAACACCUCCUGCACAAGAAUUCAGAUUUCGUUUGAUUGCCUCAAACGUGCCAGGGUUUGCAGAGGCCAUCGCCGAGUUCAACAUCGUUAUUCAGUUUCAUAUUUUGGCUUUUUCAACUCCGUCUCACAGCGCCGCUCUUUCCACGGGAGAAUUCUGGAGAACAGAGUCUCUAAGAGAUUCGUUGAUGCUUGAUGGCCAGCCGAUUGGGGACGACCAAAUAUUGAGCGUUACCGUGGAUGGCCCGCCUUGGGUACAACUGGAUGAGGGCCAAAUAUCAUUACGUGGCCGACCUAAGACGCAAGCGAACACGACCAUCACAAUAUCUGUAACAGAUGUCUUCCAUAAUGUGGCUAACGCAACAUGGUUUCUUGUAUUUAUGGACUUGCCAGUCUCACAACUAGGUGUGGUUGCAGAUAUCGAGGCUUCGGCAGGAGAGUAUCUCGUGUGUACACUUGAUAUUCGAAACUUAUACCCGUCCAUGUGGUUCGACCCCGGCCCUGGAAAUGAUCUGAGUUGGCUCAACUAUAAUGCUACGAACUUGACUUUGUAUGGCGAAGUACCUCUGCAUUUGUCGCCAGCUGUUUGGAAUAUCUCUGUGUCUUUUCAGAGCAUGACGAUGAAUGCCACAGGGAUUCUCAUUCUUCGUCUGGUAACGAGUGUCAAGCCCACUGCAACUACGCCAAUUAUUGAUGGGACAGAUCUGCCACGCAAUCCAAGUGCUUCUAUUGGAGCCACAGCGACCUCUUCGACCACCACCAAUCCGCAUACUUCGAAAGGAGACUGGAGACCUACUGUGCUUGCUAUUUGUUUGUCUGUCGUGGGGGCGGUUGUCGUAGCUUUGAUUUGUGUUCUUCUAUGGCUGCGCCGGCGAAGAAGCCGUGGGAAAGGAGAUAAGAAUAUAAUGUCUAUCAUCGAACAUGCGGAACCCGUCAGGAGCAACCCUCCUCUCAGGCCACCCCGAAUCGAUCUUGCAUGGUCCAACGAUUCAUUGCAGAAAGCCAAUUCAAGAGUAUCAGGCUCCAAACCGCUUGAGCAACAACAAAUGCCAAGACUGUGCAACUCGGAUCUAGACAAAGCAGAGGCCCGAAAUUUGCGAACUUCAAUCCAUGCACAGAGCAUGAAAGGUAAAGAAGCCAGUUCCAUGAGAGAAUGGCAGCCUUUCCGUGCACAGGAAACUAUCUUAGCAUCUCCUUCAAGAACAGCGAACAGCCAACGGCGGAUGAGCGAUGCGAGAGCGAUGGGAAAGGCAUUGCGAAAUUCAAUAAUCCAUCCGUCCGUCGGACUUCCGCAUAGGAGAAGUGGCGCAGGACACGGCGCAGGGAUUAUAAGCGACGCUGGCAUCGAUCACAGUCGACGAGAUACCAGGACCUCAAGUCCUUUGGGUGAAAAGCAUCGCAGCACAGUUCUUCUUGAUUCUUUCCCCAUUCCACCUUCAGCGCCAGCUUGCACUACAGCGAGGGCAACCUCGCCUUCAGGUGCUAUGUUUGAUGCUAUUGAGGACUCACUGAGCUUCGAGGCACAGCGUCAGAGGUGGCACACCGAGCGAGCUCGAACUCGACUCGAGGGGGCAGCUCGCUUUUCCAAUCGAGGGUCGUCUCGACUGUUUUCUCCGUCACGGUCUCAUUGCGAGAAAAGCAACUUCGAGGCCACUGACACAAGUAUCAUGAACCAAAAAGGAGGUGGCAGUAUUGCAAGUAGCAGGCAAUUUGAUUCUGUUGCAUCUUCAGGCAGUCAAUGGGAAGAUGAAAGCCCAUCAAAGAGGCAAGAUAAGGUGGGUCCGCGUCUGCCAUUCAGCCCCCUAACGCAGUCACAAGAGAAUAUGUGCAAUGGUGACACAUCCACCACUUUGCGACAAGGCCGGGUUGCAGACCAACGAACCAUGGUGAAUGUAGAAACCAGUGGGUUGACAAGGACUCAGAGUAGUCAGCAUGCCAGCCUGCGGUAUAUCUGA